CCAUCAGAAUCAAUGGCAAAAACCAAGAGCUCUGAAGAAGCUACAUUGCCCACCAAACGCAAGGUCCAAGACCACGACAAUUCCCCACUGAAAGCCCCCAAAAUUGUGCCUCAGGACGAAAUUGAGGACAAAGAAGAAAAUCAGACGAGCAACCACAACAAUUUGGGAACUCCCGUUCCCGAAUCUAAAACCGGCGACCAAGAACCUGAGGUUGAUGCUGAGGAAGACGAAGAUGGUGACUACGAGGAUGAGGAUGAAGACGAUGAUGAGGGAGAUGCUCAAGCGGACAGAAAAGGGAAGGGGAUUUUGAUAGAAGAGGACGAGGACGACGACGACGAGGAUGAUGACGAUGAUUCGAGUGAUGGCGAGGAUGAUGAAUCAGAUGGUGAGAGCGAUUUGUCCGACGAUCCGUUGGCUGAGGUUGAUUUGAACAAUAUUUUGUCGUCCAGGACGCGGACAGGGGUUGUGCAGCCCGGAGUUCGCAUUUCCAAUGAUCACGGGAAGAAAAGUGGCGAUGAUGACAGCAGCGACAGAUGAAGAAUGUGGUUGGAAAGUAUUUUGGAGUUCAAUUUGGAGUGUUCCCCAGUUGGCUCACUACGAUCAACUGUGUUGUGGAUAGUAAUGCUGCUAGAUCAGAGCAGGGUCCAUCUUUAGUUCCAUGCCCAUUCCGACAGGAUCCAUAGCCUAUAUAAGCUUAAGCUGUCAUCCUCGUCCAAACAACCGUUGGGCCAGCCAUAUGUGCUGUGAAUGUCCCAUAGACCAAUCAUUUUCAAUAGUAACAAGUGAAACAACCACCCUACACACAGAUGUU